GUGAGAAAGGACAUUUCGCGUAUGUGAUGCACACACGUGAAACACACGAAAACCAACAUUGCUGUUAAAACGUGUUUUAUUUAUUAAAAAAUGAGCGUAACAAGAAAUGAACACGGUGGGGAGGCGGAUGACGAUCGUCUUUUCCUCGAUCAAGUUGUAUGAUUUUGGUGAUGGAAAAAAACAAAAGAUUGGGAAAGUCUCGGAAAAGAAAGAACUCAGCUAAAGAUGACAUGAACGAUACUGAGGAAAAUACAGAUACAGUCUGUCACAGACACAGACUCAGAGCAGCUCAUGACACACUCAACAGUAUGUGAACACAUGCUAUCUGGGGCAAAACGAUCCAACGUGGAGGUUGUUACAUUUAUUGUUCCUUUGAAGAAGAACAAAUUAUCAAAGGCUGUUGAAUCAGGGCAGAAGGUUUCCGAUGUCAAAGAAAAGAAGAAAAACGAUGAAAAACUAACAAUAGAAAAGGCUCGGUUUGAGGUUCACAAGUUUGGGCUGUCGGGGUAUCAGAAGCAGCAGCAGAGGGUCUUUGAGCAGGACAGAGCCAUCAUGCUGGGAGCCAGAGCCCCUAAAAAGCAGUAUGUUAAUUACAAAGUGUAUCAACAAAUGAUAAAAGAACAGAAGAUGAAAGCCAAAGAGGAAGCAAAAUCUGAACCACAGAAGAAAAGAAAGAAAGAAGGGAAAUCAAGGACUGAGAAAAGUAAAUCGUCGUCUAGCGGAGAGCUUGGUGGACAAGUUGGACGCUUCAAAAACGGAAUGCUGAUGUUGAGCUCCAAAGACAUUCAGAAAUCGAAAGUUAAAGUGAAAAGGGCUUUUGGCUUGACCGGGACUUUUUCAAUCCCAGCACCCCAGAUUCAUGGUCUGAGUGAUGAUAUUUCUGGGGGCUUUUGAAGCACAUUAAAGGUAUGAAAAAGAGGCAUAAUUCUACUUCAAAGUGCUUUUGGGUCCGACUCCAGUUUUGGC